CUAUAAAUAAGUAAUUCCCUUGUGGCCUCCCAAACAAAUUGCUUACAAGUUCAUAUUACAAUGAUUGAAGAAGGAAAUUACUGAGAAAGAAGCUAAAAUGGAAAAUGCUAAUCCAGAAAGCGAAGCGAGUGCAAAAGCUCACAAAGUCACCAAAACAAUAGUUUCGACACCAAAUUCUUACAAACCCGUUGGGCCUUACAGUCAGGCCAUUUUAGCCGAAAAAACGCUCUACGUAUCUGGGGUUCUAGGCAUGGAUGCCCAGUCUCAGUUGGUCCCCGGUGGUGCGGAAGGCCAAGCAAGACAGGCUCUUAACAAUCUCAAACAAAUUCUCGGAGCGGGUGGCGCCACCAUAGACUCGGUAGUAAAAACUACCAUUCUACUGGCCAAAAUGGAAGACUUUCAAGCCGUGAAUCAAGUUUAUUCAGAGUUUUUCACGAAAGACUGUCCGGCCCGCGCUACUUUUCAGGUGGGUAAGCUGCCUUUAGAAGCAGCCGUGGAAAUCGAGGCGAUUGCAUUGAGUGGUGAUCUGACUAUCGCUGAAGUAGGACCCUGUCCUUGUGAGCCUUCUAAAGUAAAUUAAUACCGUCGCGGUCGGCGUCGGACAAUUUGGCUGUUGUUUUGUAAUAAAU